CCUUUAAAUAUGCUAUAAGGUGCUAUACUUUUAAGGAUGGUAAAGGACUUAACGUUAAAUGUAUACCUAUUAUUAGUAAAGGCCCAAAAAAGAAUAGCGCACUAUGAGGCGGAGGUAUAUCUCGGUAUACUUUUGGCCAUAACCUUCGUACCUAGGGUAGGGCACCUAGGUAAUGGCAGCCAAGUCCAGCAGAAAGUCAGUCAUCAUCAAAUCAUCUUUAAUGUUCUUUUUUUUUUCAAUUUUCUUUCCUCCUCAACAUACAAUUCUAAACACCUACUAGUUAAUUACAUACUGGAAGCAUUCCAAACCACAUAUUGCGGCCUUUAUUUCUUGUCAUACUAAAUAAUUUUUAAUAUUGACUGUGCCGUCUAUUAUCGCACAGUCAAAACCCACUAUUCUCACAUCUUUUCUUCAACUCUACUUUAU